AUGCCUGCUCCAAUUUUCGACAAAGUUCUCGUCGCCAACCGUGGCGAGAUCGCCUGCCGUGUGAUGGCGACCUGCCAGCGUCUGGGAAUCAAGACCGUGGCCGUCUACUCCACCGCCGAUGAGCAGGCCAAACAUGUAAAGAUGGCGGACGAGGCUGUCUGCAUUGGCCCCCCUGCCUCCGUGGAGAGCUACCUGCGCAUUGACAAGAUUGUGGACGCCUGCAAGCGGACGGGGGCCCAGGCCGUGCACCCCGGCUACGGGUUCCUGUCUGAGAAUGGCGAGCUCCAGUCGGCCUUGCAGAAGAACAACAUCGUCUUCGUUGGCCCGGACGCGCACUCCAUCGAGGCCAUGGGCGACAAGAUUGAAUCGAAGCGGCUCGCGCGCGAUGCUGGCGUGACGUGUAUUCCCGGCUUCAUUGGCGAGGUGAGAACGCACGAGGACGUGCUGCGGUUUGCGCGAGAGGUCGGCUACCCAGUCAUGAUUAAGGCCUCCGGCGGUGGUGGCGGCAAGGGCAUGCGCGUUGCCUACAACGAUGAGCAGUGCGUGGAGUACUACGACAUGUGCAAGGAGGAGGCCAAGGCUGCCUUCAACAACGACAAGAUGCUCGUCGAGAAGUUCAUCGAGAACCCGCGCCAUAUUGAGAUUCAGGUGAUCGCGGAUCGCAAGGGCAACACGCUGUACCUGCCGGAGCGGGAGUGCUCUAUUCAGCGCCGCAACCAAAAGGUGAUCGAGGAGGCGCCGUCUGUCCUGCUGGACGCGAAGACCCGCAAGGCCAUGGGCGAGGAGGCCGUUGCGAUGGCGCGAGCCGUGCAGUACGUCAGCGCCGGUACGGUUGAGAACGUCGUCAACCCGCAGAAGCAGUUCUACUUCCUCGAGAUGAAUACCCGCCUUCAGGUGGAACACCCCAUCACGGAGGAGAUCACCGGCAUCGAUCUUGUGGAGCAGAUGCUUCGCGCCGCGGCAGAUCUGCCGCUCAGCAUCACGCAGGACGACAUUAAGAUCAACGGCCAUGCCACGGAGUGCCGUGUGUACGCUGAGGAUCCGACGAAGAACUACUUCCCGUCCAUCGGCCGCCUCACCAUGUACCAGGAGCCUACCGGCCCUGGCGUGCGCUGCGACUCCGGCAUUAUGGAGGGCUCGCAAAUCUCGGUCUACUACGACCCGCUCAUCUGCAAGCUGUCCACCUGGGGCAAGGACCGCACAGAGUGCAUCGAGCGCAUGGAGAAGGCGCUGGACGAGUACGUCAUUCGCGGUCUGCGCCAUAACAUUUGCCUCCUGCGCGACGUCGUCACGGAGCCGCGUUACCAGAGCGGGCACCUCACCACCAACUACCUGCCAGAGCAGUACCCGGACGGCUUCAAGAAGGCCGCGCUGACAGCAGCGGAGACGCAACUCAUGUAUGAGGCGGCUGCUUGUGUCCACCUGAAGCGCGAGCGCACCCACUACACCCAGGGCACUGCUCCGUCGGAACGUCAGUUCUACGUCUCCAUCAGCGCCAAGCAAGAGGGUGAGGUGCCGGUGUACGUUCGCCAGCUCGAUGACUCCCACUUCGAGGUGGCCGCAUCGAAGAACGGCCCGUUCAAGAAAUUGGAGGUGGCGUGGAAGGUCAGCUACCCGAUCAUCCGCGUGAAUGACGGUACGAAGGAGACGGUGCUGCAGUUCUGGGGCACCAACGAAGUGGCGUACAGUAUUCAGAUGAAGGGCACCACCUUCGACGUGAACGUGAUGAGCGACCUGCAGUCGGUACUGAGCCACUUCGUGCCGGUUGCACAGACGGUCGUCAAUACGAAGCAGGUUCUGUCACCCAUGCCGGGUGUCAUUGUCGCCAUCAAAGUCCAGCCAGGCCAGAAGGUGGUUGCCGGCGAAGAGAUUCUGACGCUGGAGGCCAUGAAGAUGCGCAACAAAAUCUACACCCAGGCCGACGGCAAGGCGAAGGAGGUCAAGGUCAUCCUCGGCGCCACCGUUGAGGAAAAUGAGGUGCUAGUGGAGCUGGAGUAA